AUAUAAUUAUAUACAUAGAGCGUGUGAUAUAGCGUGGUUCUGUUAGAUACCUAACAUACAUGUAAAUACAUACAUACAAACUGUGUACAUGCUCACAUACAUAUGAUAAAUUAAAUAUCAUUCGCUACUGAAAUUCGACGUCAACGUCGAGAGCCGCGACGUUGCAGCAGAAUGAAAAAAUAUUUUUUUGUACAAACAACAAACACAAGCACAGUUAUAACGCAACGAAGCAGCAGAUACAACAACAACAACAGCAGCACAACAGCAGGCAACAAAAAAGUGGCUGCUCUACCUUUCGGCUGUACCUUCGCCAUCGUCGACGUCGUUAGUUGCUUUUAACCUUAGCUCUGCGAAUCGACAGACACUGAAAUAGACAGCGGCCGAUUGCGAUUUCUUCACACAUUCACAUUUUAGUCAUUCUCCAACGCGACUGCUGCACGUUGCUUGUUUUUUGACCGGCGCCGGUAGCUAACAACUGCGUGCAUUGACAUCUAACAACGAUUUUCCAGCGCACAUAGAACAACAACAACAACAAUAAAUAAUAAUUAAUAAUUAUAAUAAUAUCAGGAAAGACAAUUAAGUUCAUAAGCACGCUACUCCUUAGCGCCGUCAGUAAAUCGCAUCACAUGCGAAAGGCGUCGGGCUCGUCGCCUUCGGCCACAUUGUGCAAACAUUUGAGUGUGGGAGUGUGCGUGUGCUGUGUGUCUGUGUCGGUGCCUGUGCUUGUGCUUGUGUUUGUGUGAGCGAGUGAUUGACCCAUUUAGCUGCUAUAUACUGAUAUACUUAACGCAUACGCUACAUCGGAUUUUGGCAUUGGCUCAUUGUCUAAAAUGAGUAGCAGCAUCACGUUUUUGUGCAACAAAACUAACACUAAUAGCAAUAACAACAGUAAAGAUGCGGCAGCCAAAGGAAAAUCAGCUACAGCUUCUUCAGUAUAUGCUUCAGCCGGCUUAUUAACAACAACAGCAGCAGCAGCAGCAGCAACAACAACAACAACAACAGCAACGCAUCAACAACAACAACAUCAGGCACAAGCACUGCUACAGCUGCACAACCCGUUGAAGAAGGUUAAGGCUGCAGCCAAAACCAACGGUCACAGUCACAUCGACGAUCGCUCAGAUGUAACUGAACCGCUCUACAUUGAUCCCGGCGUUGCGGUCAGCGAGCGCAACUGCUGCCCGGCUUCGCCCACUACGGUGCCAGCCAAGUCGGUCUUGGAGUCGCCCAUGCGGCGCGCGGGACGACGCCAGCGCACAACCUCGAUUGGUAACCAGACGACCACUGCCAAUCCGUCCGAGUGCAUAAUACGUUCAAAUAAUCGCACCAUUUACACGGCCGGUAGACCGCCGUGGUACAACUGCGCCGGCCAGCAGGUGGAACCCUUUGUCAUAGGCAUUUGCGGAGGCAGUGCAUCCGGCAAGACGACCGUCGCAGAGAAAAUCAUAGAAAGCCUAGACGUGCCUUGGGUGACCCUCCUGUCCAUGGACUGCUUCUACAAGAUCCUAAACGAGAAGCAACAUGAGCUGGCGCUCAUCAACGAAUACAACUUUGAUCAUCCGGAUGCAUUUGACAUUGACCUGCUCGUCGAUGUGCUGACCAAACUGAAGGAGGGCAGGAAAGUUGAAGUCCCAGUCUACAAUUUUGUGACCCACGGUCGCGAGAGUCAGACGAAAACCAUGUAUGGUGCUAACGUUAUAAUAUUUGAGGGUAUACUUACCUUCCACAGUCCCGAGGUGCUCAAGAUGCUCGACAUGAAGAUAUUCGUUGACACAGACCCAGACAUACGCUUGGCCAGGAGACUUAAGCGUGAUAUCUCGCAGCGUGGACGGGACUUAAAGGGCGUGCUGAAGCAAUACCUGAACAUGGUGAAGCCCUCCUAUGCAAAUUAUAUAGCGCCCACAAUGGCCCAUGCGGACAUCAUAGUGCCACGCGGCGGCGAGAACAAAGUGGCAAUAGCUCUGAUAGUGCAGCAUGUGCACACACAGCUGCAGCUGCGCGGCUUUAAGCUACGCGAGACUUUGGCCAAUUCGUAUAAGGACCAACCGAUGCCAGAUUCGUUGCAUUUACUGCAUCCAACGCCACAGAUAAAGGGUCUGCACACAUUCAUACGGUGCAAGAACACUUCACGGGAUGAAUUCAUCUUCUAUUCAAAGCGGCUCAUACGGCUGGUCAUUGAGUACGCGUUGAGCCUGUUCCCCUUUAAGGAGACGUGCGUGGAGACGCCACAAGGCGUCAUGUAUGAGGGAAAACGCAUGGAGUCGCGCAAAAUAUGCGGCGUGUCCAUACUGCGUGCAGGGGAAACCAUGGAGCAGGCCGUGUGUGAUGUAUGUAAGGAUAUACGCAUUGGCAAGAUUCUUAUACAGACGAAUCUGAAGACUGGCGAGCCCGAGCUUUACUAUCUGAGGCUGCCAAAAGACAUUAAAGACUAUAAAGUGAUACUUAUGGAUGCCACCGUUGCCACAGGCGCCGCAGCCAUGAUGGCCAUACGGGUGCUGCUCGAUCACGAUGUGCCCGAGCAGAAUAUCAUUCUGGCCUCGCUGCUGAUGGCCGAGAUCGGUGUGCACUCGAUCGCCUAUGCCUUUCCCAUGGUUAAAAUUGUUACUUCCGCUCUGGACCCGGAGAUCAAUAGCAAGUUCUAUGUUAUACCUGGCAUUGGCAACUUCGGCGAUCGCUACUUUGGCACUGAGCCCUCCGACGAGUACUAGGGCCAACUUAUUGCGAACCAAGUUUCUUAAGUACUAUACCUAGGAUUAAAUGAAAUCGUUACUUAAAUUAUCAAUUCAAGAA